AUACUCAGCACUUCCUGAAACUCCUCUUAAGCGCUGGAACUUGAUGCAUUUGAACAGUGCACUAGCUCAACUUGUUUAGACUGGCAGUGAAAGAGAAAAGACAGCGUGCCUGCAGGCUGGAAGAGGCUGCUUAGAUAAGACGUGUUUUGUGUCCCGUGAAGCCCAGCGAGUGUCCCUGCAGCCCCCAAAGGUGUCAACACUGUGAGAGACCCUGCAAACAAUCAAGAUGAAGAAGAGUGACACGCCUCUCCACAAGCAGCAGUCUACCCCCUGCCUUGGGAAAGAUAUGCCGCGGCUUUUCCAAAAAAUGUCCAUGAGUGAGGUGGAUGAGAGGGUGCGUCUGCUGGCGGAGAAAGUGUUCGCCUCCGCCCUGAAGGAGGAAGACACCAAGGAUGCCAUGGCGAUGUUCAACGUGCCGGAGGACUGUCCCAUCGGCCUGCACGAGGACCGGGAGAGGGCGCUGCAGAAGGAGAUGGCUGCACAGCACUCUGAGGAGGCCGUCAAGAAGAGGAAGAGUUUCAUGUUGAAGCGUUCACAGUCAGUGUCUCUGCAGUUACCUCCCAAGGCGGACUGGGUCCAGUCUGGGGUUACCCCAGUGCUCUCCCCAACCACACCAGAGCCCCCAGAGAGCUUUCCAGACUUCCAGAGAGUGACCAUCAGCGGAGAUUACUGUGCAGGGAUUACAGUUGAGGAUUAUGAGCAGGCAGCCAAAAGUCUCCUCGGGGCCCUGUUCAUCAGAGAGAAAUACUGCCGGCUGGCCUACCACCAGUUCCCCAGGAUCACUGCCCAAUUUCUACGAAGCGCUGAAAAUGAGAAGUGGCGUGUGGAGGAUGAGAUCAUGCCAGACAUCUUGCCGUGCCCCCAUGAAGGGGAGGACCCGUACUCCAUGGAGGGUAUUCCCGAGGACCUGAACUACGAGCUGCAGAUGAAGGACGGCAUAGUUCAUGUUUACAACAACGCGGAGGCCCUGAAGCAACAGCAGCCUCGCAGCCUCCCUUACCCCGACCUCGAGACCUUUGCCAUCGACCUGAGCCACGUCCUCGCAAUGAUUGCCGACGGCCCGACGAAAACCUACUGCCACAGACGGUUGAACUUCUUGUCCUCUAAAUUUUACCUCCAUGAGAUGCUGAAUGAAAUGGCAGAGCUCAAAGAGCUGAAGAGCGUUCCACACAGAGACUUCUACAACGUCAGGAAGGUGGACACACACAUACACGCUGCUGCUUGCAUGAACCAGAGGCAUCUGCUGAAAUUUAUAAAGACCACGUACGAGAGGGACGCCAAUCGCGUGGUCCUGGAGAAGGGCGGUCGGAAGAUCACGCUCAACGAAGUCUUCAAGAAACUGCACAUGGACCCGUACGACCUCACCGUGGACUCUCUGGACGUGCACGCUGGAAGACAAACAUUUCAUCGGUUCGACAAAUUCAACUCCAAGUACAACCCCGUGGGAGCCAGCGAGCUGCGGGAGAUUUACUUGAAAACAGACAACGACAUCAAGGGGGAAUACUUUGCACGUCUCAUCAAGGAAGUGGCCAAAGAGCUGGAGGAGAGUAAGUACCAGCACACUGAGCCCCGUCUGUCCAUAUACGGACGCUCUGCCAGCGAGUGGGAGAGCCUCGCAAACUGGUUCAUCCAGCAUAAGGUCCACUCGCCCAACAUGAGAUGGAUGAUCCAAGUUCCCAGGAUCUACGACAUUUUCAAGUCUAAGAAGUUGGUACCACACUACGCCAAGAUGCUGGAGAACAUUUUCCUGCCGCUCUUUGAGGCCACAGUCAAUCCACAGAAGCACAAAGCAACACACGUGUUCUUGAAAUAUGUGACGGGAUUUGACAGCGUGGACGACGAGUCCAAACACAGCGAUCACAUGUUCUCUUACAAAAGCCCGAAACCUGAAGCCUGGACCACAGACGACAACCCUCCGUACACCUACUACCUGUUCUACAUGUACGCCAACGUCAUGGUGCUCAACAACCUGCGCAAGGAGCGAGGACUGAACACCUUCCAGUUCCGUCCUCACUGUGGCGAGGCCGGCUCCAUCACUCACCUGGUCACUGCCUUCCUGCUGGCGGACAACAUCUCUCAUGGACUCAACCUGAAGAAGAGUCCCGUGCUGCAGUACUUGUACUACCUGGCUCAGGUCCCCAUCGCCAUGUCCCCGCUGAGCAACAACAGCCUGUUCCUGCAGUACUCCAAGAACCCUCUCAGAGAGUUUCUACAGAAAGGCCUGCGAGUGUCUCUGUCCACCGACGACCCCAUGCAGUUCCACUACACUAAGGAGGCCUUGAUGGAGGAGUACGCCAUCGCAGCACAGCUGUGGAAGCUAAGCACCUGUGAUCUGUGUGAGAUCGCCAGAAACAGCGUGCUGCAGAGUGGUCUCUCACAUCAGGAGAAGAAACACUUCAUUGGUUCCAACUACCUACAGGACGGACCGGAGGGAAACGACAUCCGGCGGACAAACGUGGCACAGAUCCGCAUGGCGUACCGCUACGAGACGCUGUGCAACGAGCUCAGUUUCCUCGUGGACGCCGUGAAGACGGAUGUUUGCACAAACAAACCUGAGUGAUUUACAAAGCCAGAACAAACUGUGCCUGAAAGUGUCCUCAGGGAUAAAGAGGCAGAAGUUGGAUGACACUUUCAUUUCUUCUUGUUGUUUUUUUUUGUUUUUUACAUAUCAUUAUAUAACUUUCUGACCUUUAUUUUUUUGUUGAUGUUGGUGCAUAAAUCUAGCAUGAACUAUGAUAAAAACUUGAUUUUUAGGCCAUAUUCAAUGCUGUUUCUAUAUAUCUUAUACUCACUUGUGAAUUUGGAUAUAUGUGGGUCAGUGACAAAUAAGGAUUGGCAAGAUGUCAAAUGGUGUAACCAAAAAAAAUGAUAAAUAUGAAAUACAUCAUCCACCUACAAUGUAUUUAAGUGGACUUAUACAUAUAAUUACUAUAUUUUAAAAAACAUCAAAUCACUUUUUUUUUUGUAUUUCUACAUUUACAUAUUUUUUUCAAUAUUGCGCAGAACAUAUUCUAAAAACAACCAUUUUUUUUCUAAAGUUUUGACAAGUUAUGUAAAAUGUGUUAUAUACCAUAAUGUUGCAAUGUAACCCUGGAUUGCAUUUUUUUUCUUAUUUUAGUUCACAUUUAUUUUCCUGUAUAUAAUCAGAUUUUUAUGGGAAAAAAUUACUGGUUACACCAACUGACACUGCGUUAGAUCACAUCAUUGAGCCAUGUGCAUUAGCCACAAAGACCUGAUUUAGAAUUGGCCCACAAAAGCUGAAGAAGAGUGUUUUCUGUCACUUUGUUUUAUGCACGUUACUGAGGCCUUUAACUGGGCUAUAGGCUUUAAAUAAAAAGUCAAAAAAAAUAUUUUUUUCUACAUAUAAAAAAAUACAAUUUGAAGGCAACAACUGAUUUGCCUUUUUGCAUGUUUUUGUCAGAAGUGAAUGAGCGGAGAGGCAUAUAUUCAAACACAGGUGCAAGUUUGACCAAGCAUAAAUACUUGUUAUGUGAGAGCUUUGUGGUUAUAAUAUUAUAGAAGUAUUACAAAUCCCGGUUAUACUCACACCUGUGAAAAGACUACCUGAUUGUAAUUAUUUUCUUUUUUAUGUUUGCCAUUUCUCAAAGUUUUUCAUAUGUAAAUAAAGGCUGCAGAACAGU